UUUUAGAGUUGAAAAAAUUGUUUAUCAGUGACAGUGGCCUGUUACGCAUGGACAGAACAUUGCAGUUAUUAUAUACAUCAUGAUACAAUAGAAACACGAGAAUAAAGAAAACAAUCGAAUAUAAUGAAAUUUGGAGACUAUCGUAUAUGUUAUAACUGUUUUAAAGCUUUACAGUUAUCUGUAUACAGAAAGCAGCAUAUGCGGAUGAAAUGGACAUCUACACUUGUCCGUCAGUCAUUUAUAGAUUUCUUUUGUCAGAAUCAUGACCACAAAUUUAUCAAGAGUUCAUCAAUUAUCCCAACUAAAAAUCAGGGAACUUAUUUCACAAAUGCUGGAAUGAACCAAUUUAAGCCGAUAUUUUUAGACACCAUUGAUAAGAGCCAUCCUAUGUCAGAGUUGAGAAGAGCUGUCAACAGCCAGAAGUGUGUACGGGUGGGAGGUAAACACAAUGACCUGGAGGAUGUUGGGAAAGAUCUCUUCCAUCAUACAUUCUUUGAGAUGUUAGGAAAUUGGUCUUUUGGAGAUUAUUUCAAGAAGGAAGCCUGCAGUAUGGCGUUGGAACUUUUGACAACAGUGUACAAAAUACCAAUCAACAGACUGUACUUUACAUACUUUGGAGGAGAGGAAGGUCAAGGACUGGGGGCUGACAUUGAAACUAGAGAUAUAUGGCUAAGUUUAGGUGUUCCAGCCGACAGAGUUUUACCAUUUGGAAUGAAAGAUAAUUUCUGGGAUAUGGGAGACUCUGGACCUUGUGGACCUUGUACAGAGAUUCAUUAUGAUUAUAUAGGAGGUCCAGACUCAGUCAGACUGGUCAAUACAGGGGUACCUCAGGUUCUAGAAAUAUGGAAUCUAGUAUUUAUGCAAUACAACAGAAGAACAGAUGGAACGUUAGAGCCAUUGAACAGGGUACAUGUAGAUACGGGGAUGGGAUUGGAGAGGAUGUUAGCUGUCAUGAACAACACAUCUUCAACUUAUAAUACAGAUCUAUUUAUUCCUAUGUUUGAUGCUAUUCAAAAGAGUUGUAAUAUUAGAGGUUAUGGUGGGAAAACAGAUGAUCCUAUAGAUACAGCCUACAGAAUUGUUGCUGAUCACACCAGAAUGGCUUCAGUCUGUAUUGCUGAUGGUUUGCUGCCAGGAACUAGAGAUCAGGGACACAAGCUGAGGUCAGUUUUGUUCAGAUGCUUUCACCAAUCAAAACGAAUGUUACAAAUGCCUCAUGGAUUAGUGCCUUCACUUGUGGAUGUUGUCGUCCAAAGUCUGGGAGAAGCCUUUCCUGAAUUGCAAGAACACAGAUUAAAAAUUAAAGAUGUAAUAUCUGAGAGUGAGGACCAUUAUGAAAAAGUAUUCACAAUUGGAGUAAAAGCUUUUGACAAGUGCUUUUCUUCUAACAAGGAUACCAUCUCAAGACAUUUAACAGAUAAGAUUUUAAUGGAUAUAGUAGAUGGUAAAUACAGUGAUGGGUAUGGCAUACCAUCAGAAAUGUUACCCCACCUGGGGGAAAUAUACAAUGUAUCAUUAGAUAUACUGGGCUUACACCAGAUUGUUGAGCAGAAUCAGAAUAAAGAACAGGUUGAAAACACAGAAAAAGUUUAUCUUUCCCCAGAAACUGUAAAGGAAAUAGUUGGUUUGGGAAUAACACCUACAGAUGACAGUUUUAAGUACACAUAUCAAUAUAACAGUAAAGAUGAUAUGUAUGACUUCCCACAGGGAAUGGAGGCAGUAGUUUCAGCCAUUGUUAAAGACAACCAUUUGUUCGGUGAAACUGUAGGAAAAGAUGAGUUUGGUAUUCUGUUAGAUAAAACAAUAUUCUAUGGGGAAUGUGGUGGACAAGUUGCUGAUAAGGGAUGUAUUAAGACAAAUAAUGGAUUUUUCUAUGUAAGAGAUGUACAAAUAUUUAAUAAGUAUGUUCUACAUAUUGGUAACAUGGAAUCAGGAAGUAUCAGUGUAGGAGAUUCUGUUUUCCUUCAUAUUUAUGAGGAUCAUAGAUUAGGAUGCAUGAAGAAUCAUACUGCUACACACAUACUGAAUGGAUGUCUUAGAAAGAUUUAUAGUAAUGUCAGACAGGAAGGAGCUAGAGUCUCUCCUCAUAAAUUCUCUUUUGAUUUCUCCACAACUUCUCAAAUGAAGCCAGAAGAUUUGACUACAUUACAAAAUAAUGUACAACAAAUCAUCAGUUCUGGUGUAAUAAUCUGUAGAGGACUUCAACCACUAAACCAGGCAUUACAGAUACCUAAUAUAAUAACAAUGGCAGAUGAGGAAUACCCCAGUCAUGUGUAUACUGUUAGUAUAGGAAGAGGAGCUAACGAGUUCUCAACAGAAUUGUGUGGAGGAACACAUGUAACAAAUACCAAAGAUAUCGAAUCAUUUUGUAUAACGUCAGCUUCUAUGUCACCACUUGGUAUAAAACGUUUGACAUGUUUGUCAGGAACACAAGCAAAACAGGCUAUUGAAAAUGGUUUUAUUCUUGAGAAAUAUCUUCAGGAAUUCGAAGCCAUGAUAAAAUCUGAAGCUCAAACUGAUACUUGGUUAGACAGAGUUAAACAUAUCAAUAAGGUUUUAAAAGAUGAAGCUAUUCCAAAGACAGUUCAUGACGAUAUCAGACUAAGAGUAGACAGACUGGGAGAUUCUAUGAAGGCAGUGUUGAAUACUAUUAAGAAAGAGCAACUCAAACAGGAAAUUUUAGAGCAAUUGGAAAACACUUCAUCUGCUUGUUGCACUGUUACCACAGAACUGAUUUUAACUCCACAAGUUAUACAGCAAGUUUUACUAGAUGUGAAUUCAAGUCGACCAGUUGCAGUAGUUUCAACACGAGACAAAAAUUUAUCAAUAGUUGUAUGUUUAAAUGAGGAUAUAGAAUUAGAUGAUGGUUUCGAUGCAGUGUUGAAAAGUGUUGACAGUGAUGUAAAAUUGAAGAAAAAAGUGAAAAAGAAUUGUACCUUUUUGAUAAUAACACUUAAACGAAAAGCUUUAGAAAAAAGUGUAGCAAUUUGUGAAAAAUUACAGAGUGUUUUUAGUUGAUAAUAAGAUGAUUAUAUUUUUAAAGAAUUAUUAUUAUUAUUAUUCCGAUUAAUAAAAUGUCUUUCUCCUUUUCUUUGUCUCACAAAAAACUAAAAAAAUCCUCAUUUCUAUUUGAUCUCUUUCACAUAAAGACAAACAAUCUCUUGUAGUAUGACAGCUGAUAGACAUGUGGUGAAUUACCAACCGUGCAAGGGCUGUAUAGCCAGUCAAGGUUGUUGAAAACUUCCAUCGUUGUGGUGAUUUAACUUCUACUAAUAGGGUAUACAACAUCAGUAUAAAUACAAUUCACAUAUUCAAGAAGUUGAACAAAGAAAAAAGAAAGUGAAUCCAAUAAAUAUCUUUGUUAACUUUCAGCUUUCACCCAAAAUUAUGGCAUAGGAAAUUAAGUUACAGUUCAAUAGCUGAGUCAGCAAAUAGUGCUCGUACCAGUGAACUCAUCAAGUCCCAUUGAAUUCUGCAUUAAUGCUGAUAUAGUGUAUAGUGUCAGUGAAUGCCCUUAAAAAGACCAUUACAUGAAUCAAAAUUGCACUUAAUAUCUUUGUUACUUCAUUUGGUAAUUAAGACAACAGGAAGUGUUAUAGCUGCAGUAAAAAAAAAAUACUUGUAAAUACAUUUUAUUUUAUUUGUUAUAACAUAAAUAUAUAAACAUGUAUUAACUUGUACAAAAUUUACUUAUUGCCAUUUUCAAUAUAAAAUAAGAAGAUGUUGUAUGAUUGCAAAUAAAACAACUCUCCAUCAGAGACCAAACGACUCAGAAGUUAACAACUACAAGUCAGCUUAGGGCUUUCAACAAUAAGCAAAAAAUAAAGGCAACAAUUGUAUACAGCUGUUCAAAACUCAUAAAUCCAUGGAAACUAAAACUGAGGGAAACGCAUUAAAUAUAGGAGGAGAACGACACAACAUUAAAAUGUAACACACACAGAAACGGACUAAGCAUUAGACAAAAUCCUAUGAGAAUAACAAAUAUAACAUCAAAACCAAAUACAUAAAUUUGGGAUAGAUAAGUACCGUGACACAUCUUAUAGAAAUGUGAAUUCACAAAACCCAUACCACUUAGUCAGCUAUAUUAGAGCCUGAAAUGAAAAAAUAUUGAACAAUUCAAAGGAGAAAACUAACAAAACAAUGAAUAUAAAACACAUUAUACACCAGUAAACAACAACCACUGAAUAACAGGCUACUGACUUGGGACAGGUACAAACAGGAUGUUAAACAUAACAAAUUUGAGGUUUUUCUUAAGUAAAUAAUUCCACCAAACAACAUUUAUAUAGGACCAACACCCGCUGUAGCAUGUGAUGAAAAGAUAGAUAUAGGAAGAUGUGGUGUGAGUGCCAAUGAGACAACUCUCCAUCCAAAUAACAAUUUUAA